AUGGUGUGCAGCAUGUGUCGCGCCCUUUUGCUCCUUGGCCUCUUCCUGAUCCUGACGCCGCUGGUGUGUGGGUACACCGACGGCGGGUUCAGCGUGGAGCUCAUCCACCGGGACUCCCCCAGGUCGCCGUUCCACGACCCGUCGCUCACCCCGCACGGCCGCGUGCUUGCCGCCGUGCGGCGCUCGUACGCCGGCUCAGGCUCUCCUGACCCUGACGGCGCGGUGUCGGAGGUGAUCUCAGGCACGUUCCAGUUCUUCAUGUACAUGAGCGCGGCGACGUCGCUCGGCCGGAGGUUCUCCUACUGCCUCGUGCCCUACUUAAGCGACGCGUCCUCGGCACUCAACUUCGGGUCCCGCGCCACCGUGACGGAGCCGGGCGCGGUGAGCACGCCGAUGGUCCACUCCCCCGUGCACGUGGAGGCUUCCUACACAGUCGAAAUCAUGGCCCUUAGGGUUGGGAACUCGAUCAUCAAGCUGCCGAAUUCGAAGCGGUCCCCCGUCAUCGUCGACUCCGGGUCGAUGCUGACGUCCCUCGACGGGGAGCUGCUGGACCCCAUCGUGGAGGCGCUCACCCGGAGCAUCAAGCUCCCGCGCAAGCAGUCGCCCAACCCGGAGCUGUUUUCGGUGUGCUAUGAGGCGGACGGCAUGAAGGCGCUGGAGAAGGUUUUCCCGGACGUCACCUUGGAGCUGGGCGGGGGCGCCUUGGUCACGCUCAAGGCAGAGAACGUGUUCAUGGACCUUCUGCUACAGACCGUGUGCUUGGCCAUCGUUCCAGUGAAGUACGAGGGUUCGGUUCCGACGAUCGGCAGCGUCAUGCAGCACAACAUGCAUGUCGGCUACGACCUCGACAAGCGCACCAUCACCUUCGCCCCUGCCGACUGCGCCACCUCUUACCCUUCUCCUCCCGCCUCUCUUGUGUAG